GUCUGGGUUAGUUACUCUUCUUUUGAUGCCUUAUGACGCAGAAGAAUACUGACUGGGGAAAAGAGAUGUCGGGUGCGUACGUAAUAGCUUCUACACUGCAGGCAACGCAUCAAGUACAUCUACAACUUCGAUUACCGUGCGAGCGGGACAAAACAUAAACAAGCAGGAGUAAGUGAAAUUGUAUCGCCGUAUAUGUCGACGCAGCCAAUGUUGAAUCGGUAUUCAAUUCUGUCGGAAGCGAAAACUAAAUGCAUGAAAGAACUCGUCAUCGGAUUGCGUCCAGCACACGACAAAACAAGAGGCGUUUUGUUCGUUUUCGGUCGUUCGUCUGUUGAUGUUCAACAGACUCCGCCGGAAGCAAGAGCUGCACAGCAUUGCAGAACUCAAUCGGUCGGUGUCCAACAGGGAAGCAAAUAGUUAGCGGCUCGGCCACUCUUGUCUCGUCGUCCGGUCAGACUCAGGCGAGCCUCUUAAUAUAAGUAGUCUUCCACUCCCACGAACGAAGUAAAAACUUAUUUAUAAUUUCCGCAAGUCUUAAGCUGUAAGGCAUUCUGCUAAUAAAUAGCAAGCCGAAAAAUGGACCGGGGCGCGUAUAGUCUUAGCCCCAAAAAGGGGCGCGCCUGCUCGAUGGCUGGCCUUUAUGAAGAUGACUCGGCAAAAGCCUACGAGUACGACGACGCCAGCGAGCCCGAGGGGGGGAAAUGUGGCGACGGGUAUCCGCUUCGUCAUUUUUUGUUGUAUGUUUCUGGGUUUUUCGGUUUAUAAGUGCUCCUGUAUCUUCAGUUGAAGCAGCAGCAGCUGCCGCUUGCGCCACCAGUAGCACUGACAGGGACUCUGGCACACAAGCAACGGCGGGACCUGGAAAGAAGCGCGCGAACUACAGGAAACAGAUGCGCACGCGCGCGCGCGCGUUUCUCUUUUCUGGGUGACGAUGAAGGAAAGCCGAGCGUCUGAAGAUGGAGCUCAAGACUUUUAGCAGAAGAAAGACAGACGCUCCUACAACCAUGUAGAAGGCCUCUCCUGCAGGGUGGUGCAGCCGAUCACAUUCUUUCGAAGGCAGUUAAUUCACGAUAGAAGGAGCAAAUAUCAAGAAAAUACUCGUAGUUGCAAGUUUUGGCCGGCGCUUUGCCAGGAGAUGCGCCACGGUUAUGUAGUUAUGAAAACUUCUAGUUUUGGAAGCCAUGGAAAACGAGACUUUGGACUUCUUAGUCAAGAAAAAGCUGGGCGCAUUUGAGUACUUAUCUAUUAUAUAUACGUACAAUCAUUUGAUUGGUAGCUUGCUAUGGGUACGUAUGUCUCCAUCAGACGCUCGUCAAUAUAAGGAAGCUUGUCUGGAUCGCGGAUGAAAAGAAUGUGUUCGUAAUGAUUUUCUUGGUUCAGUCAUUUUCAGUGUCAAAAAGUUUGUCCGAUUGUCGUUUGAACGCCAAAAAAAGCAAGGCGUUGUAGUUCAUAAUUAUGUUUAUGAUUUUUGGGAACCUGCACUGAAUUUUUUUAAUUUGAUUACAGAGCUUCAUCCACAUCAAGUGCCGAAUGCUAUGAUAUCAUAAAUGAGUAUCACUUACUGCUGUAUUCGAACGAAAAGGAAAACGAUGCCACGCCGCUUUGCUAUUUAAUUUAUUUAUUCAAACAAUAACAUUAACAAAUCUUGAGAUCAUUUCAUCAGAUGAUUAAUUUGUGUAGCUGUAGUUCAUCUUCUUGUAACAACGACUAAGACACAGUCACUCAGCAGACAAGACGACACUGUAUUUUCGUCAGACAUGGAAACGGAAAGUAACAGAGAAC